AAGCAGCGCCCUCGACGAGCAUUGGGGACCAUCAGCGAGAUUCGGGCCUCGACCUAGGCUGCAGUUUUCAGCGUCGAUCGAGCGUCGACCAUCCGAGUCUAGCCUUGUUCAGGAGGCAGCUCGCCGCGCGGUCUCUGGAGAAGAUAUGUACAAGUGGGCAAGAUUUGGCGCCUGCGUCCCGCCACCCGUCCUCCUCGCGCCACCGCCGGCGUAUGCCAGCUGCUUCUGUCCGCAACCCAACCGCAACCUGUGUCUCGACACGGCUCUCGCCUCAGCGCAGAGCUUGCUUCCUGCGUACGUGCCACGGACGACAAGCUCCUCAAACUCGGCUUCUCGCACGCCAAUACCACCCCCGCGGAUGCUUGCGAAUGAUCCCGCUACCAGCCAAGGUCGCGGCAUCACCGGGACUCUACUUACGGCGUGGCGGAGGAGGGAUGUCCGCUCGACGUCAAUACGACUCUGAAAGGCACACCGGGCCUUACAGGCGGGUCGCGAUCGAGUGGCUGAGCCUUGCAGGUCGCCGAAGGUCGUGCAGAGUGCCCUCCGUACCAGCGACUAGCUCG